CGGAAAAGAGACGCUAGCUGCGUUUGGGAGGAUUGCCAGCAAACUGGAUGUGCACCAGCGCUAAUGACGCUAAGACCAUCAUGAAGAUGCUGGUGGUGCUCCUGAUGCUGCUGCUUUGUGUUGAUGGCGCACAUGCGGACUGUCAGGAUGACUGCCUGUCCUGCAGUCUCAUCCUGCCCAAAGAGCUCACCUUCAACACCAUGGAAUGUCUCUUUGAAUGUGCAGCCUCUGCCUCCCCAGCAUCCUCCUGGGAUGCCUGUCGUGGGUCCUUGUCGCUGUCCUCCCUGCCCAAAAGAUCUCAGGAGGAAGUGGAGGUCUUGUUUCCUGCCGAGGGGGAGGAAGAUGGGGAGGAGCUGCCAUUGGGUUUGCAGAGGUUUGAUCACAUGACCCGAGCACUGGGACUGAAAGAAAGGGGCACGGGUAACCAUGAUGCCCUGUCUUUUGAUGAUGUGUAUGAGGACUCUGAUGAUGGUGACGUGGCUCUGAGCGUCUCCAAGAGGUUUGGCGGCUUUGUGAAGGGCCGACAUGGCUACAGAAAGCUGAUGGCGCCCGCCAGGUCCUACCAGAAGCGUUAUGGCGGCUUCGUCGGCAUCCGCAAGUCGGCGCGCAAGUGGAACAACCAGAAACGCUUCAGCGAGUUCCUGAAACAAUACCUGGGCAUGAGUGCCCGGGCUACGGAGUAUAACAGCGUCUCAGAGGAGCUUAGCCAGCACAAUGAGGUGUAG